UACUUCAAACUACAUUAAAGUUUUAAGUUUUUUUUCUUUUUUUUUUUUCAUUUAGCUUCAAAAAUUGUUGUAAAUCAAAAUUAACUUCGUAUUAUUAUAAAUUAAUUAAAGAUUCUAAACAUUGUAUUGUUGGAUUAGAAACAACAUAUCGUGAUGGUUUAGAAUUAAUUACAACAUAUUUUGUUGAGAAGACAUUAGAUGGAGAAGCUAUAUUAUUAUCAAAACAACUUAUGAAACAAGCUAAUGUUAUAGUAAUAAAUGAAAAUAACACUAUAGAAGACGAACAAAUAGAUGAAAAACAUUUGGAUAUAUCGAAUGAAAAUGAAGAUGAUGAUAAACAAACAUCAGUAAAAGAGAUUCUAAAAACAUCAUAUGUAUCUGAAGGAAAUGUUGUUCGAUGUGUUACAAAAUCUUUUGAUUAA